AUGCUAGUAGUAGAGCUUCUACUCGAGGAUGGUGCCGACGUGAACAACCAAGGCGGAAGGUACGGCAAUGCGCUUCAGUGCGCAGCAUCCAACGGUGGCAGCCUCGAAAUCGUCAAGCUUUUGGUGGAGAAGGGAGCAGACGUGAAUGCACACGGGGGCUAUCUCGGGACCGCAGCGAUAGCGGCGGCGUUCAGCGGCAGCAUCGAGAUACUGUUGUUCCUCCUGCAGAGCGGCGCCAACAUCCACACGCCGGGAGGCCACUUCGGGUGCGCGCUACAGGCGGCAGCGUGGAAAGGGGAAACCGCCACGGUCAAGUUCCUGUUGGAGCACGGCGCCGACAUGGGGUUGUCCUGCGGCGAAUUCGUCAAUCCGCUGCUCGCUGCCGCAUGGUCGGGCCACCUCGAUCUGGUGGACCUAUUCAUCGACCGCGGGAUGCAUUCGGACACCCGUGGUCCCCGCCGAGGGUUCCCAUUGCAGGCAGCUGUUCGCAGGAAAAAGGUACAUGUAGUCGAGAGGCUGUUGGAACGCGGUGCGAAUGUCAAUUUGCAAAGCGGAGUGUGCGGGAGUGCGUUGCACGCAGCUAUAGCUGGUGGGUCGGCUGGGCUCGUCAAGCGCUUGGUAGAGAGUGGCGCAGAUCUCAGUAUAGCAAAUAGGAAGGGCUUGUCGGCGUUACAGGCAGAAGCAGCAAAAGGCAACAUGGAGAUCGUACGGAUAUUGGUGGAUGCCGGUGCUGAUAUCGCGACGACUUCUGGGGGCGGGGCUGCCGAGGAUCUCGCUAACCAAGGAAGUCACGCGGGGGUAGCAAAGUUCUUGGAAAAGAAGAGGGCGCAAGGCAGAUCACAAGAAUCAAAAACUUGA